AUGGCUACCAGAAAACGAGGUGCUCAUAGAGGUAUAGUCACACGAAGGAUUGUGGAGCUUGAUGGCAUGUUUUCAAAGGAUGACGAUGGAAUGGAGGCACUUGAUUUGGCUAAGCUCAGGCAAAUGAAAUUGGUUCUUCAAGAGAAGAUGGAAACUAUAGGGAAGCUUAAUAAUGCUAUAUUAGAUGAGCUACAUGAUGAAGAAGCAAUGGAGCAAGAUAUAAAGGAGGCCGACGAGUUUAAGCUGAAAAUCCAACAGACUGUUGAUAGAAUUGAUGGUGUACUCGCUCCAUCUUCAAGGGGGUCGUCUAUUUCUUCGAGUCACACACCAUCUGGAACUAGAGGUAUGUCUCUCCGCCCUAAUCUACCAGAACUUACUAUAAAGAAGUUUGAUGGAAACAUUACAACUUGGAAGGGCUUCUGGGAUACAUACGAGUCGGCAGUACAUAAUAAUCAGGAGCUGUCAGACAUUAACAAGUCCACUUACCUUCGUUCAUUAGUUGGACAUUCUGCUAAGGAUGCUAUAGAAGGAUUGGCUCUCACUUCAGAUAAUUAUGAAGAAGCGGUAGCUAUCCUACAGAAACGCUUUGGAAAUGACAAGCUUAUUAUCUCCAAGCAUAUGGAGACCUUACUAGGAGUAGGGUCAGUGAGUACAGCUGAUGAUGUUGCUGGACUCCGGAGAAUGUAUGAUAAAAUUGAGUCACAAAUCCGUGGUUUGAGAUCAUUGGGAGUGACUUCAAGCUCAUAUGGAGCCUUGCAUACUCCAGUUCUGCAGAAUAAGUUGCCACCAGAGCUAAGGCUCAUAGUCAACAGAGAGUUAACAGAGAGCUGGGACUUAGAUAAAUUCAUGGAGACUCUGGCCUUGGAGCUAGAGGUAAGAGAGAGAUCUGUUGCAAGCAGCAAGAAUGACAGUGGAAAUAAAGUUCCCAAGAAGGGCCAACACAUAUCUGCCACAAUUAUGGCUACCAAUCAGUUCAGUUGUGUUUAUUGUAGCCAUCAAGGUCAUGCUUCAGAACAUUGUCACUUGGUUCAAGAAGUAGAAGCUAGACGACAAAUUUUAAAGAGCUCAGGCAGGUGCUUCCUUUGCCUAAAGAAGGGUCAUAUGAGCGGAGGUGUCAGUCCAGUGACAAAUGCAACCAUUGCAAAGGGACACAGCACAGAAGUAUUACUGCAGACAGCACGAGCAGUAAUAUUUAAUCCAUUGAAUCCUAGUAGACAAAUAGUAGCUCAAUUUAUCUUUGAUAAUGGGAGUCAUCUAUCUUAUAUAACAGAGAAAGCUAGUAAGAGUUUAGGAUUGACAUCAGAGGGUAAGAAAGACAUGCUUAUUAUGACCUUUGGCUCAUCAGAGGCUAAACCAGAGAGAUGUCACAGUGUUUGUGUUGGUGUUAGAUUUAGAAAUGGGGGUAGCUGUGAAAUUUCUGUGCUUACAGUCCCUUUGAUUACUGACAACCUGGCUGUUGCACCAAUACAAUUCUGUAUGAGAAGCUACUCCCACUUGAAUAGCCUUGAUAUAGCAGACAUGGCUCAGGAUGUAGGGUCUGACACAAUAGAAGUGUUAAUAGGGUCAGACUAUUAUUCGCAAUUAGUGUCUGGUAGAGUUAUUAGAGGAGAUGAUGGCCCUGUAGCUUUACAUACUCAGCUGGGAUGGGUGUUGACUGGUCCUACUUCAUUUGUAGAUGGAACAAGUACAACUAGUCUGGUUGCCCUUUCAUUGAAGCCCUCUAGUAGUCACCCCAAGGAGCUUGAAAAGCAAUUGAAGUCCUUUUGGGAAUUAGAGGCUCUAGGGAUCUUAGAUAAAGAGAGUUCACUUUACGAGCAAUUUAAGCACAAUAUUAAGUUUGUCGAUGGUAGAUAUGAAGUACCACUUCCUUGGAGAAGUACCUUACUGGAUAUCUCCCUUAAUUACCAAUUAAGUUUGAAGAGGCUCAGUAGCUUGUUGUGGAAGUUGAGGAAGGAUCCACAACUAUUGAAAGAGUAUAACAAUAUUAUGCAAGAGCAACGGAGCAUGGAAUUAUAGAGAUGGUAAGUGGGGAAGAGCUUUUAAGUGGUGA